AUGUCAAACAAGGAUGCUCUCGAAAUGACCACCUCGAAAGCCGUGUCUCAGCAGGACCGUGAAGCCGGCGAUGUCGAAAACCUCCAUUUGAGUGCGGAUGUGGCCGUCAAGUUUCCAGCAAACCUCGACCCUGCCAUCAAAGACGUCCCAAUUUCUGCUAAAGAAGCACGCAAGGUUCUCUGGAAGAUUGAUCUAAUCGUCCUACCCAUCAUAGCAGGAACUGUUGUUAUCUCCAAUGCAGCCAUCAUGGGCAUGAAACAUGACCUCAACCUCGUCGGUAACGAAUAUUCCUGGGUCGGAAGCAUCUUUUACUUUGGCUUUUUGAUCUUUGAGUAUCCGCAAGCCAUCUUGAUCCAGAGGUUGCCAGUGGCAAAACUAUUGGCUACUUGUAUUCUCUCCUGGGCUGUUCUCCUCUUUUGCAGUGCCGCAACACACAAUUUCGCUGGACUUGCUGCGGUUCGUUUCAUCUUUGGUUGUGCUGAGGCAGGGGCUUUUCCUACUGCGUCGAUCCUCACUGUUAUGUGGUACACGAAUCGGGAACAACCAGUCCGUGUGGCAAUCUGGUACAAUCAGUUCUCGUCGGUUUUCUCUGGCAUCAUCUCGUACGCAAUCUCGCAGACCCAUACACACUUGGCUCAAUGGCGCCUCCUCUUCAUCGUCCUCGGAGGCAUACCCGUUCUCUGGUCCGCCACCUGGCUAUCUCCCCGAGAACGAUAUAUCGCCAUCCGCCGAGUUCAGAAGAACAAGACCAGUAUCAAAGAUAAGAGAGUCAAGUGGUACCAGAUCAAGGAGCUCUUGGUCGACCCAAAGACAUACCUGCUUGCACUGUUUGCUUGUGCGCAGAACAUCCCCAACGGCGGACUCGUUACUUUUUCUUCCAUCAUUGUGUCUGGCCUUGGGUACUCGGUUCCCAUCACGACCUUGCUUGGUAUGCCAACUGGGGUUGUCGCGACGACUUGGCAAAUCAUUCUUGCAGUCUUUUGUGCCAAGCUCAAAAACAUGCGCUGCAUCAUUAUUGCCGUGGCUAACAUUGUCCCCAUGGUCUGUGCUAUCCUCAUGUGGCAGUUACCACGAGAUAAUCAGACAGGCCUUCUAGCUGCGUACUAUGUCUUUUACACUUACUGGGGCUCGUACGUCAUGUCCACAUCAGUCCCGAUGGCCAAUGUUUCCGGUCAUAUAAAAAAGGUCACUAUGAACGCGGUCUAUUUCUUUUCCUACUGUCUGGGCAAUAUCAUUGGACCUCAGGUUUUUCAGAGGAGUGACGCGCCCAACUACACUAAAGGAUACACUGGGCUCCUCAUCUGUCUGGUUGUUUCGGCAGUAUCCAUCUUGGUAUACGGACUUUUGUGCAGACGGGAGAAUAUUCGCAGGGAUAGGCUGCAUGGAGUCGUGCAUACUUCGGCCAUCACAGAGGAGGAGAAUGAGGCGUUUGCCUUGUCGGAUAUGACGGACAAGGAGAAGAGUGCAUUUCGGGACUCGUACUAA